AUGCUCCCUCUUGUAACUUUGAUCGCUAUCAUACCCUCACUCGUAUCAGCUUGGUCAUCGGAUAAUCAUACUUGUGCAUUGACCGCUCCUAUCUAUUCAUGUGAAAAUACAACUACGAUCCAAGAUACUUGUUGUACACCUACUCAAGGCUUGGUUCUUGUUACUCAGUACUGGGAUACUUAUACUGGAUUAGAGAGUCAAGGUUCUGUUCUACCUAAAGAUUCAUGGACUAUUCAUGGUCUGUGGCCUGAUAGAUGUGAUGGAUCAUAUGGUCAAUACUGUGAUUUAUCAAGACAGUAUGAUCCUGUUCCUUCACCCAAUACGACUACUGGUAAAUCCGAUGGGACACCUGUUGAGCCUUGGACAGGCGGUGAUAUCAUCACUCCGUUACUUGAGAAAUACGGUAAAUACGAUCUACUAGCUUACAUGCAGAAAUAUUGGAAAUCCCAGAAUUCACCUGAUUGGACUUUCUGGCAACAUGAAUUCAGUAAACACGCUACUUGCUUCUCGACUUAUGACGUGGGAUACGAAAAUACACCCAAUUGUUAUGGAUCGAUAUAUGAAAACAGUACGGAAUCAUCCAUAAUUGAUUUUUUGAAUUCAGUUAUAAAGAAUCAAAUUCAAUAUCCAACUUUUGAUUGGUUGAGUGAAAAAGGAAUUUUACCUUCUAAUAUCACUGGAUAUCAAUUGAAUGAAAUCCAAAACGCUUUAACUGUAUCUUCUGGUGCAGAACCUUAUCUGGGAUGCUAUGGUCCAACCAAACAAAUCUUAUCUGAAGUAUGGUAUUAUUCACAUUCUUUAGGAAGACCUCAAGAUGGAUUCUUGAAACCUAUCAACCAGACUACAAAAUCGAAUUGUAAUACUACUCAACCUAUUUGGUACUAUGAGAGAACUCAAGGUUCAGAGUACUAG